AUGCGUUCUCUUGACUUAAGUUCCAACUCCCUUCAAGGAGAGCUCCUUCCUUCUAUUUGCAAUGCUGGCACACUUGAGAUUCUUAACUUGUCCCACAAUAACUUCACCGGCACCAUUCCACAUUGUAUUGUCAACUCUAACCCUAGUCUUUCUGUGUUGGAUUUACAAAAUAAUAGUUUUUCUGGCAUUGUACCUGAAUCAUUUGAAGUGGGGAACAAUUUGAGAACCCUAAAUCUGAAUGGCAACUUUCUAGAAGGGUCAUUAUCUCAAUCUAUGGUCAAUUGCACAAGGCUGAGAGUCUUGGAUCUUGGCAACAACAACAUAGAAGAUGUAUUUCCCCAUUGGCUGGAAGCUCUUGAAGAAUUGCAAGUACUUGUUCUUAGGGGGAAUAAAUUCCACGGUUUUAUCCCUAGUUUUAAGGAUAAUAGAAGCCAUGCCUUCCAUAUGUUAAAAGUACUUGACCUGUCUAGCAACAAUUUGAAAGGUCCUUUACCUGCAUUGUUCUUCAAAUCUUUCAAAGCUAUGAGAAGAUUAGAUGAAAAAACUCACUUGCAGUACUUGACUUAUGCAAACUCUACCUAUAAUGGUGGCUUUUAUGAGGACUCCAUUGACAUGACCUGGAAAGGAUUUGAAAUUCAUCUACAAAAGGUAUUGACUAUUUUCACAAGCAUUGAUUUAUCCAAUAACAUGUUUGAGGGAGAGAUUCCUGAAGUUAUUGGAGAGUUCCAUGCAUUGAAGGGGCUCAAUUUCUCACAUAAUGGGCUCACCGGUGCAAUUCCUAUCUCAAUAGGAAAUUUGAGGAAGUUGGAAUGGUUGGAUUUGUCAUCAAACAACUUUACUGGGAGAAUUCCUACUGAGUUGACUAAUCUCAAUUUUCUCGGGGUAUUGAACCUUUCAAAGAAUCAACUUGAUGGUUGCAUUCCUAGGGGCCAACAAUUUGAGACCUUCUCAAGUGAUUCUUUUAAAGGAAACAAAGACUUGCGUGGUUUUCAACUCAUGAUUCCAUGCAACGCUCGUGAGGAAAGACAAGAACCACUUCCAAGUUCUGAAGUUGGAUUCGAAUUUGGAUGGAAACCUGUGGUGUUGGGAUAUGUAUGUGGAGUAGCAUUUGGAGCAAUGUUGUUUCAGGUUAUGAUGUUCACAGGCAAACCUCAAUGGGUUGCAAGUCUGGUGAAUGAUUCGCCUAAGAAGAGAAAGAGGAGGGUUAGAAACCGUACGUGGUAG